CUCCACCACAAAUCUUAGUAUUGUUUUACGCCAUUGGCAAUAUCUGGAUAAGAAUCGACUCUGCAACAACCUACUAUCUAGCCAGUCUGGCAAGCUUUACUGUAUUCAACCUCUAUCGUUUUGGUUGAUUCCUCAACCCAACUUUUACAUUUUUUGGAUUCAACUCCAGCCAGAACGCCAUCUAAAAAGUGCAAGGCGCUGCGCAGAAUCUACAUAAGCUCUAAUGGGUCAGCCUGAACAGGAUAUAUCAGGAAACGAUAGUGCCUAUGGCUCACCAGUGACAUGCUACAACCACCACCGACACUCUUUUGAUACUUCAGUGUCUACGUCAGUGCCCCUUCCUCGCUUGGACUGCAUUGAUUUUACAUUUGGGGCCAAACCCAUUAGUCUAUUUACUAGAAUAGGGAGAUGGUACCUUCUCAUAUCAGUCCGAUUGAUUCCUUUGUUGUACUGUCUGGAGAUAGUGUUCUUUUCACUGCUGUUUGCCAUGGUUAGGAUGCACAACAAUGUUGAGCUAGAAUCCUACAUGCCAGCCAUUUUUUCAGGAAUUCUUGCCGUAUCAUUGGUGUUGUCGCUCGUGCUGGUCGGAGUAGACUAUCGCAGUGCACGUCGUAUAGUGAUGAGUAGCUCCAUCAAGGGAGCAGUGAUGAACCACCUGGCAUACUAUUAUUUUUCAACAGGAUGUACUAGACGAUAUGAGUUUCUAUCCAAGAUUCGAAACUCGGGUGACAAGAUGUUUGAUUCAUUAGCCUUUUUUGUUUAUUUCCGUUUAAAAGGAUGGAAGUAUGUUGUAACUCAAAUACCAAGACAAUGGGGAUACAUGCUGUUUGUGUGGUGGUUUAUUAUUGUUGGCAAUCCAUUAAAGCAUCAACGAGAAAGCUCGUUGCAUGACACCAACUCCGACCAAGGGAUUGGAUCGAACCUUUUGCCAGCCAUUCCAGAUAUGCUUCAAUCCAACACACUCCCGCAGGCCAUGUUUAUCAUGGCAUCACUUCUUAUUUUGGCAUGGAUGGUGCAACUAGCGAGCCUGAUGAUUUCGGUAUUAAUAUAUCCAGUGCUGCUGGCACUCAUUCCCAUGCCGAGUCUGGAAGGAUACUGCAAUGAUGUGAUCCAGGAACGCACGGAGCAACUACUGAUUGAGAUGAAUGUUAAGCGAUACGAAUCACAAACCAUACUUGUCUAGCAGACUGUAAUUUUGGAAUCCUUUAGGAAGGAUUGUGUUCUGUAUAAAAGAUCUUUAAUGAAGAACAGUUUGUACC